GGCCGAGCCGUCAGUCCCGCCCUCGGUUCUAUCGCGUUUUCGGUCAGUCUCCGUUCGGCGUUCGAACGGUGAGGUGUGUAAAGCGCGUGUGCGCACCGGUUACUGUGGCGUACUGCGAGGUUAUAAUGGACGCGCCCGGCGGAGCGCGGGAGCCCCGCUUCGGGUCGCCUUACGGUAUGGGACUCCUGGGAGAUGUGCCGGACAUGUAUGGAGCGGGCCGGCCACCAAGCUCCCUCGGCGGCGGUGGAGGCCUCCGGCCGGGCAUGCAGGCCUGCCCGGUGCCUAGAGCUGGUGUGAAGCGCCCUUCAGACCAGUGCUACGACGAAAGACCGUCUCAGAGCCUCGGACUAGAACAUUGUGCCAUGCCUGACAUCGCUGACGAUGGCUAUGCAUCCCUUCAGCCCAAGAAAUCCCCACCGUCGAAUGGCAAGAAGACCAAAGGUCGCGUGAAAAUUAAAAUGGAGUACAUUGAUAAUAAGCUACGGCGAUACACGACUUUCUCGAAGCGGAAGACAGGAAUCAUGAAGAAGGCCUAUGAGCUCUCAACCCUAACGGGAACACAGGUGAUGCUUCUAGUCGCAUCCGAAACCGGCCACGUGUACACAUUCGCAACACGAAAGCUUCAGCCAAUGAUCACGUCAGAUUCAGGAAAGAGACUGAUACAGACGUGUCUUAACUCACCGGACCCGCCGACUACCAGCGAGCAGAGAAUGGCGGCCACAGGCUUCGAGGAAACGGAGCUCACAUAUAACGUUGUAGACGACGAUAUGAAGGAUCUAGAAGAAAAUGCGGGAAGCAAAAGCAAAUGCAAGGAAGAGCCGGCGACUUCGGGUGACAGCGGUGACGAAAGCGGCAGCGAACCAGAAUCACCCAGCGAGAAGAUCUCGAUGCAAAACCAUAAGCAAGAUUGGACAUGUAAUGAUAACGACCGCGAUAUUAACAACAGAGAUUCUUUAUCCGUUGAUAAUCUGCCCUCAACGUCAUCUAUGAACCCUGAACCUGAGAGCAGUAAAUCAAGUCAACCUUCAUUACCCAAGCUCCUGCCGAAGAUCGACCUUCCAGGGGGCGCAAUGUUGUAUCGUUCAAGUGUCUUGACCGGAGUGGGCUUGGACGGACUUGGAACGAACUUGGGCUUAGGAAACUUGGCAAUGGGCUAUCCACACAGCUUCAUUUUGGGACUCGCUAAUCAAGGACAAGACGGAGCAUCAUCUUCAUCAACUCAACCGCAGUUCAUCACCAUACCGCUGUCAAUGGCAAUGGCAGCUGCAUCGGGACCGACAGUCAAUGGUUGCCCAAGUGCCUCCAGUGACGACAGCAGCGAGCUCCAGGACUUAAGUACCGGGGGCAGAAAGUGAGAUUUUCUUGUAAGAUAACAGCAAGAAGACUGGAGAUUAUUUCAAUAAAUAUUAAUAACAUCACUUUAUCUUUUAAUUUGUAUUUUUAAAUCAUACCAAAGCUAUAUAUUGGUUGAUAACAUAGUUUAAAUAAUUUUGAAAACUUUGUAAACAAUUAAGUACUAAAUUGUAUUUUUUUCUUUUUAAAUGUAUUUGCUACUUUUUAGUGAAACCUCUUUUUAGUGAUAGUCUCAUAUGUAAUUACUAAAAUUGUUAGAGACAAAUUACAACUAAAUACUUAUUUAGAGCAGGAGUAAAAUUUAGGUCAAUCUAUCUUAACGCAUUUCUUAGCCUUGCCUUCUUUAGCCAGUUGUAAAUUAUAUUCAAUAUAUAAUAAAAAAUUGGAGAUAUUGUGUAAACUACACCGAUAUAAUUUAUUAUAUUAAGUAUUUAGGUAAGGGAUUGUUUGUAACGAAAGUAAUACAGUAUUUUUGUACCAAAAGAAUGUUAUCCGGGCAACCAUAUAUUCUUUAAGGUAUAACUGACCAAUCGCAAAUGAUUAGUGAUGUUUUCUUGGCCGUUUUAAUUUUGUAUAAUUUUGAAAUACUUUAAUUUUUUCAUUUGCAAAUGUUCCUUACAUUAAUACGGCAUUUUAUUUAUUAUAAUUAUUAUUUUUCGUUUAGAUGUUAAUUUCAAUAACCUACUUAGUUACCGACUGAAUAAUGAAAAAAUACAUGUUUUUCAUUUUAAGUUUUAAAUACUUCUAACACUCUGCGGGAUAAAUUUUAAGUCGUGAAACAUUUUUGCGAUAUCGGUCCAUUUGUUCAUCGUUUUCUCUGAAUUAAUGUUCGUACAAUCGAAACUGCUUAUAAUGUAUUUUAAAAUAAAUUGCCGUUUUACUUCUUAAGCAUUUACUAUUAUGAUUGUUUUAUAAAAUGUGGAUUUCGUAUUAGAUAAAUAAUCAAACUUAGCCACAAAAUUACGCACGACCGUGCACUAUUUUUGGAGAUUUCCUCAAACGUUCAGUUAAAAUCAUAUUGUCAGGUUUUAAGUAAAUAUAAUAAACUGAAUAUUUAAUGUCUGUUGUUGAUUUCUAUUUUUGGACAACUUGUAAGUUUUAUUUUGAAUUGGUGAAAACGUGGGCUAAAAGUAGGGUAAUAAAAUAUUAAUUUAUUAACUUCCAUAUUUUAAAGAAUUUCAAAAGGCACAAAUACAUAUUUUUAAUAGUCUUUCCGUUAUCAUCUGAAUCCGUUAAUUCAUAUGUUUUACUACAAAAAUACAACGAUGUUUUUUUAAUAUUUUUAAAACGCUUGAAAUAAAUAAUUCAAAGAAAUAUGUUUUGUUUCUCAGUUCACUUUUCAUGCGGAAUUAAAUCCGCAAACACAGAUAUACUAUACGCGCAAUCUAAGAUUGCCGCUCAGAAAUAAGUUUUACAGAACUUAUUCUCAACGUCACUUUGCGCGUUUUGUACGUACAUUGCGCGUUCUAUGCCAAACACGUGCUUCACAAAAUGUACAUUUACCUAUUUAACUGAACGUUUGUUUUUUUUUGUAUCGACUGAUACUCGGUGUAAUGAGAAUGUUGUUUUAAGGUUAUCAUUAAUUAAUGUUCCUUUUUUUGUUUCCUAUCAAUAAAUGAAAUACU